AUGGCUGCCAACAAGCAGGGCAAGAUGCACAUGAACCUCGUCCUCGCCGAUACAGAAGAAUUCCGCCGCGUCAAGCGGAAGUCCAAGCCAGCUGCUGGACCGGCUAACGCUCCCCUCGUGGAAUCGGAAGAGAAGCGAACCCUCGGUCUUACGAUUACCCCUCUGCACGACUUGGAACAAGCGUCCCAGGCGCAGCUGCUGCCGCUGCAACUCUCGCCGCCGGUCCUGGAAUCAGCAAACCCGCUGGACGUGGUCUACCUGUUGGACUCGGAGGCCCUGCUGCCGGUGUUGGAGGACCCCCGCCUCCUCCUGGCGGCUUCCCUGGUUUCCCCCCUGGUGGUUUCCCAGGAGCGCCGCCACCGGGAUUCGCUGGCCGUGGAGCGCCUCCGGGAGGACCUCCUGGUUUCGCUCCUCCCCCAGGAUUUGCUCCCCAGGGUGGACCUCCGGCCGGGUUCCAACCUCCUCCAGGAUUUCAGCCUCCGGGCCAGGGACGUGGAUUCCCUCCACCAGGAUUUGGGGGACGGUGAAGCUCGUAUGUCGAGCGGCAAAACCGCUUACAAUAUUCCGACCCCAAGUGAAACCUGGCGGCCUACUAGUGUUGGGAUAAGAAAUACGCAUCCUAUUCAUAUACAUUCCGGGCAACUCCGCCCGGCAAUCAUUCCGCAGUCGGUGACGCCGGGCAACUUCAGUAACUGUCUUCCUGUUUCUGAUCACUCUCCGCUCCCUUCCCUACCCCAAUCGCCCGUCAAGAUGGCCGCUGCAAUCAAGGCGAUCAACGCAAAGAUCCGUUCCAACAAGGUUCUGGACUAUGUCUGCUCUACACAUUUCUGGGGCCCUGUCUCCAACUUCGGUAUCCCCGUUGCUGCCGUGAUGGACACCCAGAAGGACCCUGAAAUCAUCUCCGGCCAGAUGACCGGCGCCCUUGUCAUCUACUCGGCAACCUUCAUGCGCUACGCCCUCGCCGUCUCCCCUAAGAACUACCUCCUCUUCGCCUGUCACGCCAUUAACUUCUCCGCCCAAUGUACUCAAGGAUACCGCUACCUCAACUACUGGAACUGGGGAGGCCGUGAAGCUAAGCUCGCUGCUGAAGCCGCUCUGCAGGGCUCACAGGCCCCCGAGGCUGGCGCAUAAAUGAUCCGAACCUUGUCUUUACCUGCCGUGUGGCCGAGAACAAAGGAUGCCCGUUUUCAAUCAGUAGUAGAUUUAGACCUCACAAGAGACAAGUGGCCAAUGGAUGGCGAUUUGUGGAAUACAGAUCGGAUCGGACGCAAGAGGCUGGCCUCAUUUAACACUGGUUUUCUUUGGGUAGAAGAACGGAUUGCGUGCGGCUUGAGCCGACUAGUAGGUAGUCGGCCUUCACCUGGUUAUUUUUAUGGACUAGCAUUGGCUAAAGGGCCUUGAGGCUUCUGGUCUUGUUUCUAUCAGAUUUUCAUGGCAUUGGGCUGUGGUAUAGUGCAGCUUGCAUGGCGAGGGUUCAGGGUGUCUUUUGGCCUCUGCUGUCUUUACUGUUUUGUAUAUAACAAUUUCAGGUGAAAUCUAAAUGGAUUCAAGGGAAACAAUCAUGGUGUUUCUUUCGUAUAA